UAAAAAUUCAAAUACUAUACGUAUUUUCACUUACCAAUCUUGGUUUCUGUUUUUUUUUCUGAUUUUUUCGCCUAAGCUUUUUUCCAGUUAUUCUCAAGGGCUAACCACCAAACUGGAAAUGGAGACCUCACUUAGCGAUAGCAGCCGCAGUUAUUCUAGUGGCGACCAGAUCAUGUCGUGCGAUCCGCUGGUGUGGCUGAUGUAUAGUACAGGCUAUAAGAAGCGCUGUGCUUAUUGCUUCCAGGAAAGCCAGGAACUGCGCACCUGUUCUGGAUGUCAAUUGCAUCGCUACUGUAAUUCGGCCUGCCAGGCCGCUGAUUGGAAAGUGGAACACAAGCUGGAAUGCGCCAUCAUGAAGAAAAUCAGGAAGGGGUCGGAAAGCAGGUCUCCGGAUGAAGAGGACAGCUGGUCCGUCCCUCCCGAGAUCACCGCCAAGUUGGCCAAUAAAAUUAGGUUAAACGCGAUGAUGGACAUCCCGGGAAUGGGUCAAAAGUCUGUCAAAGAUCUUCUACUCAUGCUGCCGGCGAAUCCUGCGCACCUGGACGUCGAACAAGAGAUGCACUCGGUGUUGCGCGCUAUGAAGUCCAAAUAUUCCGUGGUAGCCGGCUUACCAGCAGCGGAAUUUCUUCCCUUCUACGAAAUUGUGCGCUACAACAUUUUGACCAUUUAUGGCUCACAAGGCAUGCCGAUCGGCUUCGCCGUGUAUCCGCCAGCACCGCCGCGACGGAUGGCUCCGGUUUGCUGGGACAUUAACGUGGUGCUGCACUACCGCGGACGUCGGCUGGUCAUGCAUGCCGUCGAAGUCAUUCCCGAAUAUACCGGAACUGAAAAUCUACGAUACACCGACACACGGGAGCCAUUUUGCCUGACACGAGAGGCCCGUCGCGUUCGAUUUGAGGAGCGUUACGGGUGUCCUUGUACGUGUCACCGAUGCACGGAAGAAUAUGAUGGUGAAAUUAAUUCGUUGCGCUGCGUAACGGUCGGAUGCACCAGUCGCAUUCCCAGCGACAGCCGUGCACAUGGACCCUGCUCGGAAUGCGGCGCCAUCAACAGCGACCGGCUGAUGCACUUCCGUCGGUUCCUCGAGGAUUUUACCUUUAUUAGGGAGCACUAUACGAUGACCUUCCACGGAAAGAAAUUUACCGAUCUCUGCGAAGAAGUGGACGCAACCGGCAUCCUGCAGCCGGAUGCGCAUUUCCGUUAUAUCUGCGGCUUGCAGUUAUCAAGGAAAUACUUCGAUGAAAACCGCUUUGAAGACGGCUGGCGGGCGACGCAGGAGUUGAUUGACAUUGUGCGAAAAAUCCAUCCAGAGUAUUCGGCUUAUCGUGCCAGGUUCCUGAUGUCAGCGGGAAGGUCGAGCGUUGCAGCAUUGUCCCAGCGACUAUCGAAUGAGCGAAAGCGGCUUUCGAAACCGGCUAAAAGAGCGCUGGAUGCAUUAGUCGGACAAGUGUGCCAUCAUGCCAUCGAAUAUUGUAAGGAAGCCAAGAAUAUCUUAGUUAAGGUGUAUGGACAGGAGUCCAAGGAGGCUCAAAAAGCCAGUGCCGUGUUUGAAGAUGCGAUAGUGAAAUUGCACCCCAUUGAGCUGGCUUUUCACCGCAAAAAGUGAUUGCUGGUACUUGAUUUUGCCUUUCUGUCAGAUUCAACUGUUCUGUUCGUAUCUGCUUUUGUAACGUUUUUGGACUUGGCUGGCUAACCAACUGAAAAUAAAUUUUUAAUGCGUUUGUUGGAUUCAUUUAUU